CAUGUUUUCCAUUUGCUCUUUUUCGGUUGAAAUACAGAUACAAAAAGUAAACACGUCCAAAAUAGUACCGGUUUUUGCAUGCUGGUUUUCGGGUCAAAAGACCGGCACACCCCAGCAGUGUCGGCGGUCUGCCAAUGUCAUCGAAGCCGAGGGUAGACCAGGUCUUCCAAAAUGCCAGCGACAUCCGGGAGGCGCACAUGAUCCUCCUUCAUAGCUCGUUUGAGAGGUCAAAAAAGAGACCUCUUCCUGGCAUGGAGGUCGAAGUUGAACGGCUGCUCCGAUUUGAGCUAUUCAUUCCUCCCCUUUUGUGCGACAUGUAUACCCUCAGGAGGAACCGCCGAUACAUCGACACGUCCAGUGCUAGUAUUGAGCUCGCCGCAUCCGUUCAUGCUAACCCCAGUCUGGCGAUGAGCGUGCACAAACCGCCUAGUUUACCUUCCCCGAUGGUGUUCCUCAAGCAUGUUCUGGAUAUCAAUGCAAAGUUACCUGCGAUAAUUUGGUUCAAUCUUGUUCAGAACGCGAAGCGUGAUGGAGCUUUUAAUGCUGUGGCUCCAACGGAUCAUCGAUAUCCACUCCCCAUCUGCAAAAACAUCAUUUCAGUGUUCGGACACCAGCUGCAACCACCAGUCGCUUCGCCUUCGAACGCCGUUUAUUUUACAGAUGCAGUUGAAAACUACUUCCCAGGAGAGAUGACGGACAAUCUUUUGCGGAUGUUCUCUGUCUUUGAUCUAUUUCGAGAGGGGCCCUUCUCAACACAGUUGAGAGUCGUUCUGGCUUGCACCGAAUUUUGCUUACAAGCUGCACUUGACGACUCAGAGGGUGUCGGACACUGUCCUGGAAACUCUGGAGAGCCAUGUAGAGGCCGGGUCGCUUUCCGCGAUGGCGAACGACGCAGUUUUUAGAACUGUUGUUCGCAUCCUACAGGGGCCGCCAUGGUCGCGAUUAACAGUCUGGAGCCAAUUCUAUGUUCUGCAAAUGUAUGCUGCCAUCACAAUUCAAGCGCGAGUUUCAUCGUCCUUCCCCGGACUG